UCGACGCGCCGCCAUCCCCCUCCAUCCUUCCACGCUCUCUCUACCACUUUUGCAUGGCUGCAAUCGUGCCAACUGCGCGCUACCAUGGCGUCCAGCAAGCCAAUCGAUCUCACUCGAGACUCUGAUGACGACGGCCCGUUGUCGCGACUGUUCCCACCGUCGCCCGAAAAGAAAAAGAAAGCCAAUACCCCGAUACCGUUGCCUGAAAAUGUGCGCCAUCUCUACCCUUCGCAGCAGGGCCCACCCUUCGCGAAUGGCCACCUAGCCAGCAAUCCUACACCCAAUCCCCCAGCCAACGUAUACCCUUCCUUCGCGAGUCCAUACGCUGUACCUUCGGCGCUUCAUAGCAACAACAUCAAUUUCCCUCCAUUCCCCACACACAAUGGGAACAAUGGCACCUUUAAGAGCUAUAUCCCCAUCCAAGGAGGCUUCGCGAUUCAGAGCCCACAACCCGAGAAGCGAAGGAAGCUAUCCACCCCGAACCACGCGCCUCUGCGUACUUCAGUACCCGCGGCUAAUCCUGUCCCACCGGCGUCGUCGCUGAAUUCGGGUCACAUAACGUCCAUCCAAGCAAUAGAAUCCAAUACGGACCGAGCGGCUGCUAUUCAAUCUCCCAGUCAAGCACUUCCUUCCAAUAACGUUACGACGCUAUUUGUAGAUAAACCUGCUACUUCACAAAUACGUGGCCCUCCAUUCACGAAUGUGCCCAAUGUAUCGCAUACAAAGGCGUUUGAGAAUCAUGCAGCUCAGACAAACUUCGCUUGCCAGGAAUACCCUUCCCAACCUGCAAGCAAUGGUUUUACUGGCUUCCAGGCGCAAUCGGCCACUGCUCUCCUUCCAGCCCAAAGUAUUCGCGCUCCAAUGAUGAUGAAUACCCCCGAUAUCUCAACUCGCACGCAAUCAGCGACGCUUCCUGUGGCUCUGAUGGAAGAAGAGCGUCACUUUCUCAUAUACUUGAAGGAGGUCAAGAAGUUACAAUGGAAAGAAAUUGUGGCCGAGUUCUCCAGAUACUAUCCCGGGCGUUCAUAUCCGAAACUGCAAAGCACUUAUUCAACAAAACUUCACAAGCGCGAUAAAUCCAAAGAUCCCCCGGCUUGGAUAUUGCCUCCGUCGUACGAUCCAGAAUCUGCCUCUUUUCCGCCCGCUGCACCACUCUCAUACAAACCAACCCCCAGUUUUUCUCCCAAACCUCACGUUCAAGAACCUGUCCCUUCAGUGGAAUACUCGCCUAGCGCAGAGCUUCGUCGUGACCGCCCCCGACGCUCAGUGGCUGUAAAAGACUACACUUGGUCCAAGUUGCGCAGUCCGCAAAUGUACGAAGCAGAAGAUGACGUGUCGAUGGAGCAGAAGUCGGUGGAGCCGCCUGAGUCUCUCAAAUCAGCGCCAGAGGUGGCUAUUCCAAUUGACAACGUACCUUUAGUACCGCAUUCCUUCGAAAAGGAAGACGCUCUCCUCGCCAUAUCUGCGCAAAGGCAGCAGAAACAACCACAGUUCCCCCACGAAAAGUUGCCCUAUCUGUCUUCGGCAGAAAGGUCUAUAAUACAAGAUACGCCACGGAACCAGGAGUGGGAUCAACUUACCAGCCGAGACUGGCAGGGAUCUUUGAUUCACGUAGAUUUCAGCCGUGCGGAGCUCAAAGUGAUGCAGACAGCGGCAUACAAGGUACUCGGUAUACCCGAUGAACGAAGACAUAGAACUAGCCGGGAGUGUUUGCAGAAACUAUUAGAAAACCUUCCAGAGCCAAUGUUGCUCCGCAUACAGGACGAGGUCAAGAAACAGCUUCGGAACCGUGAUCGGGACAGCCUCAAGUCAUUCUUAACAGAUGCCCAAACUGGUCAGAUUCAAAUAAACCGUCCGGUAAUUGAGCGAUUGGCCGCGGCUAGACCCAACAGAGACUACAGUACUAUCAGCAAGGCCUCUGUGACUUCCAUGGUCUCAGAUCGAGAACUUGGUUUACAGUCCCGACGAGGCUGGAAGUUCGCGUCCCGAGCGGUCUCGUAUACGUUAAAGAAUAAGGUCCAGGACUCCUUAGGGCCUUCCUUCUCAUAUACGGGUGCAUCCAGUGAUGUUCAUGCCGUCGCUUGGUCUCCGGAGGGAGAAUGCUUCGUCGCGGGCGCAAUCUGUGUAGACGACGCCCUAUCUAUGCAAUACAACAAAGGCAACAAUCUAUUAUUCGGCGAUCUCACGUACAAUGUUAUGCAUGAGUUGGGUGGGCACAGUGUUCAACGUCCACGGACCGAGACCGGCCCGAACUCGACACACGCCAUGUAUGCUUCGCAGGAUCGAAAGCUCUACAAGACAGUGUCAUCAGUCAUCUUCUCGCCUGAUGGUAGAUUCGUCUACUCGGGCGGCUACGAUCAUAAGGUUUGCAUCUGGGAAACGCAGCCAGAUGCAGAUAAGGCAAGCUUCGGACAACCAAAGUGGAGCGGAGCAUGGAAACACAAAGCGCCAGUUGAUAUCAUGGCCAUCAAUUCCUCUGGCUUGCUGGCCACUGCCUCCAAAAAACCAAGCACGAAUGCUAUCAAAACCAUACGGAUGAUUGAUCACGAUUGCCAGGAUAUUCAGAUCGAUAACUUUAGUUCGCAGAAAGCCACGAGCAGACCGAACGAGAAUAUUUUACCUACUGCACUUCGAUUCUCGCCUACGUCAGAACAUUUACUGCUUGCGGGUUUCGGUGCUAAUGUCCGCCAGGAUGGUAGAGACUUAAGUGGUGACAUGUGUUUAUGGGAUGUCAGUCGGCCCAAACAGCCAUUGAACAUUAUCGGUUCCGGGAAAAACGUAUUUGAUCUGGCAUUUCAUCCACGUGAAAACUGGUUUGCAGCAGGCUGUGUCGCUGGCUCUGGUGUCAAUCGUGGAACGCGAUCAGUAGUGCGCCUACAUGACCAAGUGGACGUAGGAAAGUACAGCAUGCAUAUGGAGCUUGAAUGCAGGGCUCUAGAUAUGAACGAUAUUGCCUGGUGUCCAGGAGAUGACUUUCUUAUUGCUGCUGGCUGCACUUCUGGUCGAGCAUACGUGUGGGACAUCCGUCGGCCGGACUACUUUCUGCGAGAACUCGCUCAUGCGCACUCUCUGAUGCCAUUGGACGAAGAUAUUGACCGGGAGGUAACGGAUACCGGUGUACGCUUCUUGUCUUGGGGUGAUAAUGCCACGAGACUGUAUACUGGAUCAUCUGACGGUGUUGUCAAGGUAUGGAACGUCGUUGCUUCUGAAGAAGAAACAUUCGUGAAAGACCUAACCACCUUGACUUCCGGAGUUAUGUCUGGUGCGUUUUCGCCAGACAAGAGCAAGCUGAUCUUGGGAGACGUAUACGGCUCUAUCAACGUCUUGGAAGUCGGUCGAGACGAUUGCUCCCUGAAAGAGGCAAGCAAAUUCACAUAUAUACCAUACGACGAAACAGCUGAGAAGCAAGAUAGCAACAAUGAAGCUAUAGAGGAACAGGACCAGGGACCAAUUAUGAAGCAUUGCGAUAAAGACUCAGGCAUCUCUUCUGCGAACGAUCUUUUGCAGUCUGGCCAGAUGCUUCAGAUGCCUCUAGGUGGCUUACCUAUCCGACAAGCCGUUCAAGGCCCCAACUACGAAGGUCCCUUUGAUCAGAACGUCGAUGCUCCCAUACUACGUGAACAAGCCCUCCAAUUCCAACUCAACUUGGCCAAACCCCUCGGUCCGCAGUGUUCCCUGCCUGCUUGCCGUGAAGCGAUCACCAAGGUCACCAGUGAAGAGGUAGGAGAUUCUGGUAGAUCCCAGGACCGCAUUGCAGAUUCCCUCCGCCAAGCGUGGAAAACCCCCGGAUCUGAGCUUACAAAAUCAAUUCCCGGAAAAUCUCGCUGCGAGCUCUGCUAUGGAAUAGCGCGGCCUUCAGCGUCGGGUAAAACGUACUGCGAACGCUGCUCCUUCACGUGCUUUCGUUGUUGCUAUCCCCUCACUGUUCCAUCUGCUAUUCAAGAAUUGGCCUGUCCGCAUUGCAAGUGUGUCUGGGAGAUUGGCGCGUUAGGGUAUGAGUCUGUCGUGGAAAGCGGCGUGCGACCCGAUUAUGAUGGCAUUGUACCGGCCCUUGGAAAACUGACAAUGGACGAUGGCGGAGGCUUCGCAGAAGAGACAGAUGACUGGUACUUCAUGCAAGCCAUCGCUCGACCUGAGUCUCCGCCGCUCUAAAGUUGAGACAAUACCGUUUGCUUUCUUUUCCCUUGCGUAAGGAACGGGCUUCUCCAUACAGAAAAUGCCGAUGAGGAAGUGCAUGGGGAGUGAUGGAUAUCACUGGGGGGGUUAUUUGGGGUACGAAGAAAGGACGGUGAGGCAGGAUUGCAUAUACACACUUUAACAUUCUGGUGGAUUUCUAUCCUCACGAGGUUAGUAGUACGUAGUAGUAGCUUGGUGAAGAUGAUACCCUUUUCCUUUCACCCUUUUUUCCUGAUCCUUUUCUACAUUAACGCUCUUUCUUCCCGUGCAUGAUGUCUUUGCGCAGCUUGUUACGUAAAUAGGGUUUUCUUCCAGCUAGCAUAGAUACAAAUUAGGAAGUUGGUGAGGAUUGCUCCAUAAAGGCAGGUAAUGUAUAUGAUUCGUAAGACCUUCAUAGCUACUCUAGGGAAUACGUAAUUCGGUGUGUACACCUCGCCGCUGUCGAUAUCUCAUCACUGCUACUUCACUGAUGAAGUAGAGGCCAAGACCCAUUUGAACACCACAUAACCUGCUAUUCCAAUCCGCCAAUCGUAAAAUUCGUAUAAACAAGAAGAGGAAGAAGUUCGCUCAAAGAUUGUCCCAAAUAGCAGAAACCCGUUUACAUCCCAUCUCUGAUCAUAGCCGUGACCAAUAAAACCUAUACUUACAUUGCGAUCCGCAUUCGUCUCACUCCACUCAGUCUCAUAGUUCAACCCGUACGGCCAAAAAUGCGACCCCCCGCAAUUGAUCUUCGCAUUCCCGCCGUCCCAUUGCCUCAACAACGGCAAAGCAGUAGGCCAAUUCCCACUCGCGCACAGCCGGUCAAAAGCAGCAGUCUGCCCUACACCUAGGGUAUGCGAGAUUUCGUGCAGAGCCGUGCGCUGCGUCAUGUACGCGCGGUCGCUGCCGAAGCGCAAAUCGCCAUUGUAGUUUGCCUCUGCGGUGGGCACACCGGGGGCAUAGUAGACGCGGAUUGUCUUUGACGCGCUGCUGAGACGCGAGUACCGCUCGACUGCUAGACGCAUCGCAUAGUUGAUGCGGUUGUACGCAUCGGUUUGGUCUGCGGUUGGGUUGGCGGCGCGCACGAUUUCCCAGUUGAUUACUGCUUGCGCGGUGCUCGCGAGGGUUGCGAGGACGGCAAACUUCAU